AUGGGAGAUGGGCAAGGAGCGAUCGCAUACAAGGGGAAGGACAGAGGCUCUAUAGAGAAGGUAGGAGUGGAAGCUCUUUGUAGGGAAGGUAGAAGCGGAAGCUCCGGGAAGCAGCAAGGGGUGGAGCGGAAGCCAGAGGUGGAUAAGGGGCGUUUAACGUCCCGGAAAAAACACGGGCAGCGCCCGUGUUUCAGAAGCCUCCCGAAGGGCAUGGAGACGUGCUACGCUGGAGAGAUUUCUAUGUACACAGAGAGAGAAAACAGAAUCCAGGUGGCAACUCUUGAGAAGACUCAGCUCAUUGCAAAGGAUUUUUCUGAGCUGCGCAUCCACUUCUGGCCCGACGAGAGAGCACUGAAGAAGGUUGUGACAGGAAAAGAGCAGAGAAUGACAGAGAGAGCAAAGAAAAGAAGGAAGAAGAAGCAUUUGAGCCGAUAG